CGGAGAUGACUGUUUGCGCCCACCUAGUCACGAACGGGGGGUGUGCUGCAUUUGUGCUUGUGUCUUUGCACACUCUUGGAGCCCACCGUUGACGUUUUCGAGGUGCUUGUGGUUGCCACUCGGGGUGCAAGAGGCCUUUUUGGCCCUGGGCGCUUUGAUGAUGAUGUAACUGACCUCGCACCUCUCUAAGCUAACGCCCCGUACUUUUGAGACAUAACCGAGACGCAAAACUCAAAUACGCUUCCAAAUAACAGACCAGCACAGCGACCAAGCCUCUUAUCCCCUGAUACCGUCGCCGCAUAUAUCUUCAUGCGUGUCCAGCCCUUUGCGCACAUCGUUCGCAACAUCUGCAUCUUCACAGCUGCUGCAUCUGCCAGGUCCCGUCCGGCUUCUCACCGCACCGCUAUACACGCAAGCCGAACCGCUGUGCUCAAGUCUUCUAUGCCCUUUGGACUCUUCAACCUCUUCUCCAGCUCUGCUUCGUCCAGAAACAUGUCCUACCCCGGCGACAAGGGCGACGAAUACUACAGGACUGUGCUUUCUCCAGAGCAGUUCCGCGUGAUCCGUGGAAAGGGCACGGAGGCCCCCUUCACCGGCGAAUACGACAAGCACUACCCCGAGAAAGGCGUGUACUGCUGCGCGGCGUGCAACGCGCCCCUCUACAGAGCGGACCAGAAGUUCAAGUCGGGAUGCGGGUGGCCUGCAUUCUUUGACACGGUUCCGGGCGCCGUGACGAGGCACGAGGACAGGACGCUCGGCAUGGUGAGGACGGAGAUCGUAUGUUCGAACUGCGGAGGGCAUCUGGGACACGUAUUCAAGGGCGAGGGCUUCCCGACGCCGACGGACGAGAGGCACUGUGUCAACAGCGUGUCUCUGAAGUUCAGCGAGGAUGACAAGAUGGCAUCAAAGGCCGACGAGGGCGCGGCAAAGGUUUGACGAUAGAAAGGACCAUUGCACAAAGUCGUGGGGGGCUUCGGGACAGCUUGAGAAAACCUACGUUGAUGAAUGAUAAUUCUGACAAGUGUUCAUGAUGCUCAAUGGGACAAGCUGAGAGUUCUUGUCUUUUCUUUUUG